AUGAAAACAUAUCUGCCUGGAAUGAUAAUAGACUUGGAAACUUUACCUGCAUUUUCAAACGAAGGAAGUCAGUUGGGUGAUAAGAUGAUAUUCCAUCGUCUAUUUUGGGCUUUUCAACCUUGCAUCCAUGGUUUUGCCUAUUGCAAGCCAAUUGUUCAAGUCGACGGAACAUGGUUGUAUGGAAGGUACAAAGGGACAUUGUUGAUGGCUGUGGCGCAGGAUGGGAAUGGUAACAUUUUUCCAAUUGCUUUCGCUAUUGUCGAGGGUGAAACCAAGGAUGCUUGGAGUUUUUUCCUUCGUAAUCUAAGAAUCCAUGUGACACCCCAACCCAAUCUAUGCCUAAUAUCAGACAGACAUCCAUCGAUUAAAGGUGCCUACGAUGAUCCUGCAAAUGGAUGGCAAAAUCCUCCGUCAUCACAUGUCUAUUGCAUAAGGCAUAUCGCGCAAAAUUUUAUGCGUGCGAUUAGAGACAAAGAACUACGUAAAAAACUCGUCAACAUGGGAUAUGCAUUGACGGAGUCAACGUACAAUUACUAUAGAACCGAAAUUCGUCAGGCAAAUAGAGAUGCUAUGGAGUGGAUUGAAAAUAUCCCCAGGGAGAAGUGGGCAAGGGCGUUUGAUAGAGGGCAACGAUGGGGACACAUGACGACUAACCUUGCAGAAGCAAUGAACUCUGUGCUAAAGGCUACCAGAAAUCUACCAAUAGCGUCUUUGUUUUCGGCCACAUAUUUUCGGAUGGGAGCAUUAUUUGGUCAACGCGGACAUGAAUGGACAAAGAGGUUGACAUCAGGCCAGACUUUUACAGACAAGUGUAUCAAGGGGAUGACUGAAGAGGUCAACAAAGCAAACAGUCAUAAUGUUUACCAGUUUGACCGGGAGAGGUUCUAUUUUAUGGUGGCCGAAAGAAUAAACCGCAACGAUGGUCGUCCAACUGGUACUUACGGUGUUGAUCUACGAAAGCGAACAUGUGAUUGUGGAAAAUUUCAAGCGUUCCAUUUGCCUUGCUCACAUGUGAUUGCAGCAUGUGAAAGUAUACGCCAAGACUACACCAUUCACAUACCCGACGUGUUCAAGAUACAACAUGUUUUUAAAGUCUACCAACAAAGCUUCCAGAUCCUCCCACAUCAAGACAAUUGGCCUCAAUAUAGAGGGCCUACUCUUUGUCAUGACGAAACUAUGCGUAGGAAAAAAAGAGGCCGCCCUAACAGUACUCGGAUUCGAACCGAAAUGGACGACGUGGAAAAGGAAAAGAGAAUGUGUGGGAUAUGCCGUGAAGUUGGCCAUAUCCGAAGUAAAUGUCCAAAUGUAUCAGGCCCGUCCAAUAGGCCUCCUUAA